AUGGAGUCCUCCAAGGAGAGAGACUCCGAAACUGAUAACGAUGAUAGAAAAACCAUGUCUGGUAACCCAUAUUUAUUUUUCUUGAAAUCUUUUCGAAAAACGCAUAGUGGGGUCAAAGGCUCCGAACUUUCGAAACUUGGAGCGGAAAAAUGGAAGACAAUGACGGACGACGAGAAGCAGCCGUUCUACGACUUGGCCGAGAAAUCUUACGCGCGCAGCAGAUCGAGACGCAGCAGGUCCAGAAGAAGCAGGUCCAGGCGGGGCAGCUCGAAACGGAGCAGAUCCAGACGCGGCAAGAAGAGGAGGAGAAGCGGCGGAAACUCUGCAGAUGACGAGGACGAUGAUUUCAACUUGGAACUGAACCUGGCGAAACGUAGGGGAAAGAAACGUUCCAAGUCGGUUAGGAGAAGGAAGGCGAAAAGGAGGAGGAGGGCUACUCUCGAAUCCGCAGAUGAAGACUCGCUGAUUGAUAACCGUAUAAAGACCGGCAAUACGAAUCACGGUGCGAACGGAAACAAACUUAAUGUCGAAAAUGCGUCCCAGAAUUUGGACGCGAAGUCCAACGACAUUAAGGAGAAGAAUGUGAGCAGUAAGCUGUGA